ACCGAAACCUCCUACCAACCUGCUCCCUGAAUUCCCGGCUUCCUCGUCGACCGGCUUUCUGCUCCAGCCUUCUGCUCCGGCACCCUAACCAUUCUCUCCCUCGCCGACUGCCUCUCGCUCUCCCGCACACGUCGACUCCCUCUUGUCGCUUCUUCCUGUUCAGCCGCUCCUGCAUCGGACCGCGCCAGCAACAUGAGUGCGCUUGCGACCAAGCAGCAAUCGCAGAAGAUCUUCGAGAAGUUGAAGACCAAGACUGCGAAUAGGAUAUGCUUCGACUGCGGCCAGAAUAACCCUACGUGGACCUCGGUGCCUUUUGGCAUCUACCUAUGUCUCGACUGUUCCUCGAAUCACCGAAAUCUCGGUGUACACAUCUCCUUUGUCCGCUCCACCAACCUUGACCAGUGGCAAUGGGAUCAGCUCCGCGUCAUGAAAGUCGGUGGCAAUGAGUCCGCCACCAAGUUCUUUCGCGCGAACGGGGGCAGUGCCGCGCUGGCCAGCAAGGACCCCAAGACCAAAUACCAGUCGAGCGCCGCGACCAAGUACAAAGAGGAACUCAAGAAGCGAGCUGCCAGAGACGCCCUCGAGUACCCGGAUGAGGUUGUUGUCACGGAUGUAGCUGGCGAUAAUACCGAAGCGUCCGGAACCCCUUCGAGCGAACCUAACGAUGAUUUCUUCUCUUCGUGGGAUAAGCCAUCGAUCAAGAGGCCGACGCCUCCCAUCUCACGAACCGGCACGCCACCUGUCGUCGGUCGAACUGCCUCUCCGUUUCUGAACGCCGGCGCCAACGGCAAGGAGAUCUCGAGAUCUUCGUCGCCUCUGUCCAAGACUGCGGCCGAGGCGAAACCGGCUGCUAGCCGCAUCACCACCUCGGCAGCGCUACGUAAGACCAACCCGUCGGGGCCUCGUAAGGCCAAUGUCCUCGGCGCAAAGAAGGCUACCAAACUUGGCGUGAAGAAGGUUACUGGGGAUGUCAUCGACUUCGACGAGGCUGAGAAGAAGGCUAAGGAGGAAGCUGAAAGGAUCGAGAAGCUGGGUUACGAUCCCGAGGCUGAGGAGGCAGAGUCUAAGCAGGCUGCUUCAUCCAAGGCCGAGGCUACCAACGUCGUUUCUCCAACCCCCGUGAACCCGCGCGGGUACGGAUCCGGGCACGUUCGUGAAAAGUCUGCCGCCGAAAUCGAACGGCUGGGUAUGGGUCUCGGAAGAUUAGGGUUUGGGCAAGUUGGCGGCGGCAAAGCUGCCGCUAGCGCCGCGCCCAAAAAGAAUGCUGGUGGUUUUGGGUCGGUCGGCCCAGUUAAGGCAACCUCUGACGAGGAUGAGGAGCGUUACGCGCGAAACAAGUUUGGCAACCAGAAGGGAAUCUCGUCGGACGAGUUCUUCGGGAAGGGCUCAUUCGACCCCAAUGCCCAAGCUGAGGCGAAGACGCGUCUUCAAGGAUUCGAGGGCGCCACCGCCAUCUCGUCCAACGCCUACUUCGGCCGGCCCGAGGACGAGGAGGCCGCGGACGACUACGGCGACCUCGAGUCCGCGGCCAAAGACUUCAUCCGAAAGUUCGGAAUCACCGCCGGCGACGACCUCGACAAUCUGACCAGCGUGCUAGGCGAGGGCGCCAGUAGGCUCCAAGGCGCCAUCCGAAGCUACCUCAACGGUUAGGCCAGUAGAGCAUUCGCUGUGUAAGUAAAGACCACGGCAUUCCCGGGUGAGUUGCGGCCGCCUUAGCUUGAGGAAGGGGACGGACAGCGGGGGACGGGUCCGGGCCGGGUUUCUCUACAUCACUAAGCGUAAUUUUCGAAUGCCGUGACCAAGUUAGCCUACGAUAUAACGUGCGGAGGCAGGAGGGCAGACAGCGACGGCGGGCCCGGGACGUACGAGAGAGGUAGAGGGAAAUGGAUGAUGACGAACACAUACGCUGGCUCUAACUAACUAUCCGCGUUUUGGUUUGGGGGGGAGGCGUAAUAGAUGUAGCAAAAUGGCAUAGUAUGCGUAUUAAUGAAACCGAUUUUCACUCGAUACACGUAGGUCGCCCCCCUCCCCUCCCCCUUUUCCUCUCCUUUUUUUUUCCCCGGUGCGUGGGGAGGGCUUGGCUUCGCAAAC